UUGAGAAUUUUCAGGAAAUGACAACGGCUGUUGCUCAGUCACCAGGACACGAGGAAUCAGACGAUUCACUCUAUCCAAUUGCUGUGCUUAUUGAUGAACUUCGAAAUGAAGACGUACAUUUGCGCUUGAACAGCAUUCGAAAACUGUCAACGAUUGCGCUUGCUCUCGGUGUUGAACGGACUAGAAACGAACUUAUUCAGUUUCUCACAGAUACUAUUUACGAUGAAGAUGAAGUUUUGCUCAUUUUGGCUGACCAACUCGGAAAUUUCACUCCUUUGGUUGGUGGUCCUGAUUACGUCCAUUGCUUGCUUCCACCGCUUGAGAAUUUGGCGACUGUGGAAGAAACUGUCGUACGAGACAAAGCUGUGGAGAGUCUGAGAAAAAUAGCUGACAAGCACAGCACUGCCGCUUUGGAGGAGUAUUUCAUCCCCAUGCUCAAACGGUUGGCCACAGGUGACUGGUUCACAUCUCGUACGUCAGCUUGCGGACUUUUUAGCGUUGCUUAUCCACGUGUGAGCCCUGCUAUCAAAGCUGAGUUGAGAAGCCUCUUCCGGCAAUUAUGUCGCGAUGAUACACCUAUGGUACGUCGUGCAGCUGCUGCGAAACUGGGAGACUUCGCAAAGGUUUUCGAAAGGGACUAUCUUGUAGAUGAACUGCAUGCUAUGUUCUGUGACUUAGCCGUUGACGAACAGGACUCCGUUCGUCUUCUUGCUGUAGAAGGAUGCAUUGCAAUGGCCGGUCUUCUAUCUGAAGAUAGUCGGAGAGAUCUUGUCCGUCCCGUUUUGAGUGGACUGAUUGAUGACAAGAGUUGGCGUGUACGGUUUAUGGUAGCAGAGAAACUUACAGAGAUCCAAGAUGCAAUUGGUGAAGAAAUGACGAUGUCGGAGCUGGUGCCUGCGUUUACCAAUCUGCUAAAAGAUCCAGAAGGUGAAGUCCGUGGUGCUGCGGCGCAGAAACUCAACACAUUUUGUGCGAAUUUGAAGAAAAGCGCGAGAGAAUCUACAAUCUUGAAUAAUAUCUUGCCCGUAGUCAAAGAAUUAGUCACUGAUCCAAAUCAGCAUGUCAAAACUGAGCUUGCUGGUGUCAUCAUGGGUCUCGCUCCACUUGUUGGGAAGGAAAACACCAUAUCGCAGUUGUUACCUAUAUACAUGCAAUUAUUGAAAGACAGCACGGCCGAAGUCCGACUGAAUAUCAUCAGCAGCCUUGACAAGGUGAACGACGUCAUAGGAGCCUCUCAACUUUCACAGUCACUUCUGCCAGCCAUCGUCGAACUAGCCGAGGAUGGCAAAUGGCGAGUGAGGUUGGCCAUCGUGCAGUUUAUGCCGUUGCUUGCAGCACAGUUGGGUCAGCAAUUUUUCGAUGAAAAAAUGUUGCCAUUGUGUCUCAAUUGGCUAUGCGAUCACGUGUAUGCGAUCCGAGAAGCUGCCACUAUGAUUCUGACUGAACUUGCUGGGAAGUUUGGUGGUGAAUGGGCGACAAAAAAUAUCAUGCCCAAGGUUCUUACUUUAUCCAAGGAUCUCAACUACCUACAUCGUAUGACUUGCCUGUUCUGUUUGAAUUCUCUUGCCGAAGCUGUGGGAGCAGAGCAGACUGCGAAGGAAAUCAUGCCAGUUAUUAAAGAGCUUAGCGAGGACAGCGUACCGAAUGUGCGAUUCAAUGUCGCCAAAGGUCUUCUGAAAAUCGGAAAGGUCGUUGAUUCAAGCACACUUCAAAAUGACAUCAAAACCAUUUUGAAUAAUUUGUCAAAUGACCCUGACUUUGAUGUGCGAUACUUCGCCGAGGAGACCAAGACUGGCUUGGGUUUACAUUGAAUAUACAUCCAACUUGUGAAUAUUUACCUCUCAUAUCUUUUCAUGCCACAAUUGAUCCUAGGUUUUUCAAAUUUAGCUGACUUCUGUCUUGAGUUUCGUCGAGGUAUAACUAUUAGCCUCGACGUACUCUUGUGCGGUGCAUUCAAGCAACUUUAGAUCCGAACUUUCGCACAAACAUAUCUUUUUGUCUGACUACUUCAUAUAUCGCUUUAUCCUACUUGCGAGUUGUAAAUUUUUGAUAGGUUGCUUGAUCAAGUCUAAAAUUUGAAUCGGAAGCCAGCCGUUUUCCCACAAAAACGAUCUGACACGCUGAGGACAUGGUUUGUUAUGCACCCUUCGUAAUAAUAGGAGCUGUGUUGCUCGAUAAUGUUUCCAUUCUAUCAUGUAUCUCCAUUAGCACAGUGAGUUUCAUUGUUGACAGCUCGUAUCUCAUUGCAUACUGACGACCAAUAUUAAAGUGACCGAUAACUAUUGUGUUUCGAGUAUGAGAGCUACCUGUUUCUUCCGCUAUGUCGGGAUCAAGCACUUAAAAUACAAAUUGUUCGGUGAAGGAGUUUGUAAUUGUCUAUUGUCUCAUUCUCAGACUUCUGAAGAUCGUCC